AUGGAGACUCGGAUCAAGAGCUCAUGUUGCUUGAUUUUGAGUUUUAGGGUUUUGAAUGAGGGGUUGUUGAGGAGAUCUGAUUUCAGUCCUGACAUGGAGGUGGUUGGGGACGGAGAUGGGCCUGUCUUCGCAGUGGCUAUGCCGUUGACCGGCUUAGGUUUCCCGACCAUGUUUCCUUUGAGAAUUGAGGAAAAAGAGGAAAAUGAGUUAUGGAUUUGGGGGUUUUGCUUUCAGAGUUUGGGAUUUGUAAUUUGGAUUGGGUCAAUAAGAGUAUGCUAA